CAUUCAAAUUUACAAGCAGCAACAUUGUAAACGCAUUCACAAUACAUCACACACUGCCUUCAGAUCACGUAGACAUAGACGCGGCUGCAUUUAUAUACGUAUAUAGAUUAACUGAAAUCCGCAACCGAAUCCGCGAGUGAAUUGAGAAAACAUAUACAUUAGUAGUGCGAUGUGUGCCUUCGCAUUUUUUUUUUAAUUUUUCAUUAUUUCUUUCCGAGAAUCACAUCUUCACAUCUAAUAGUGAUAUCUCGUUUUCGAUGUGAAUGAGAAUUAUUGCGAAGAAUUAUUAUUCUCCUUAACAAAUCAUGACACGUUCAAAUUUGUUUUUCUCUCUCCUUCUUAUAAAUGUUCAUCAAAAUUAUUGUUCUGUACACUAUUUUAAUACUGUCAUGCAAAUUUGCGGCAUCUCGGUGUAAUUUCAACUUGUUUUGUUUUAUCAAUCGUGUUCUCAGUCGGUCAGUCAAACUAUAAAUAUGAGAAUAUAUUGAAGCGAUGUAUUUGUAUGUCUUUGAUCCUACUUUCGAUUUCGUAUCGUGGCAAUCGACGCUGUCUCAAUAGCACACACAUCCAUGUGUUUGUGUGUGUGCCCGACUAGAGAACAAGUGCCGAACGCGUCGAAAGAAAACAUGAAUUAAAUCACAUUAAAUUUGUGCUGAUUGUCGUAACAAGUUUAUUUUCAAUUGGCCGCACAACAGCUGAGUUCAUGCGUUCAUCGACACACCAAGCGAAGAAAACAGCGUUUGAAAAAGUGAUCAGUUUGCCCGGUUGCUGUUGAAUUUCGGUUAUUGGUGAUAAGAAAUUUUGCACAAAAUCAGUAUUUCAUCGAAAAUCUUCAUAUUUUUUUAAUCAUUAAAGCGUGCACCAUGAAUGGUUGUUUCACAGAAAUAUAAGCAUCAAGAACGGAACAAAAACGACAACGAUUUAUGUAUUUACUGAACUGAAUCAUUUCUCAUUCAAUUGGUGACGAUGUGACAAUUUUUUUUUCUCUCACGCGUGUGUGUUCUUCGACUUGUGAGUGUGAAUUUUUUUUUCCCGGGCGACAUUUAUCAUCUACAUUGUUGAUAAUCAUAUAUAGAAACAGAAAUCAAAUAUUAUUCGGUGAACUGUACAAAAAUCGAAUGAUUGUUGUCAAAGGGUUUCUGUUAUUCAAAUAAAUCAGUGUGUGGUUAAUUUUUCGUUGAAAUAAAAUUUAUUUUAGUCGACUAAUUGAGUAAAUAAACUUGAUUAUGCACACACCGCAACGAAUGUGAAUGAAAUCAAUAUUUUUUUCCGUUUUUUUUUAUUGCCUUUAAUUUUUCUUCCAUUAAUUACCAUUAAGUGUGUCUGUGCGUGCAUUUUUUUGUUUUGAAAGUGAGCACGACAAUUUUCUUGUGAUUACAAAAGUAAUAUGGCUCGCGGUAUACUCCGUUUGUGCAGUUAUCGCAAUUCGGAACCUAUCCAUAAGCUUCAAUUGAACUCCCAAAGAUGGUUUUCAAGAUCGUCUAUUGUGUGCGAAAAAAAUGCCAAAUCGAGUGAAAGUAUUCAAGGCAUUCCGUAUAAACAAUUGAAAAUCGGUGUCGGCAAGGAGAAAUGGACCGACGAAAAAAGAGUGGCAUUGACGCCGGUGGUAACAGCCGCUCUGGUGAAAAAAGGAUUCACGGUGAAUAUCGAAGAAGGUGCUGGUUUUGCGGCCAAAUUUCGUGACGCUGAUUUUGCCCAAGCCGGUGCCAAUAUCGUCAAUUCCAAUGCUGCAUUGUCAUCGGAUAUUAUUCUCAAAGUUCGACAACCACAUGAUUCCGAUAUUCCUUUAUUGCGAGAUAAUUCAACGCUCAUUUCAUUUUUAUACCCGGCCCGAAAUAAACCACUUAUCGAUAAGCUAAGUGCGAAGAAAAUGAACGCAUUCGCAAUGGAUUGCAUUCCACGUAUUUCACGAGCGCAGGUGUUCGAUGCCUUAAGUUCGAUGGCAAACAUUGCCGGCUAUCGAGCUGUUAUUGAAGCUGCCAAUUAUUUUCCUAGAUUCUUCAGUGGACAAAUCACAGCUGCCGGAAAAGUGCCUCCAGCCAAAAUAUUGGUCGUAGGAGGUGGUGUGGCCGGUUUGGCUGCGUGUGCUCAAGCUAAAAAUAUGGGAGCCAUCGUACGUGCAUUUGAUACCAGAUCAGCGGUGAGGGAACAAGUUGAGAGCUUGGGCGCCGAAUUUCUCACAAUUAACAUUAAGGAAGAAGGAGCGACAGCGGAUGGCUAUAGUAAGGAAAUGUCACAGGCGUUCAUCGAUGCUGAGCAUGCCUUGUUUGCCGAGCAAUGUAAAGAUGUUGAUGUUAUCAUCACCACUGCUUUGAUUCCCGGCAAGAAGGCUCCAGUGCUCAUCUUGGAAGAACACAUAAAAUCCAUGAAACCUGGAUCGGUUAUCGUUGAUUUGGCGGCCGAAACGGGUGGAAAUAUUGAGACCACAGUACCGGGUGAAGUUCGAACAAUUCAUGAUGUCGUUCACAUUGGUUUAACAGAUCUGCCAAGUCGUUUGCCCACUCAAAGCUCAACGUUGUAUGCAAAUAAUAUCUCAAAAUUCCUGUUGUCCAUCGGUGAAAAGGAUCACUUCUUCAUUAACUUGGAAGAUGAAGUUGUACGCGGCAGUAUAGUAUUGAACAAUGGCCAAUUGAUGUGGCCACCUCCAAUGAUGAGCGUUUCGAAAGCACCGACAGCGGUCGCUGCACAAGAGACCAAAUCAACUGAAAUUAAAAGUCUGCCAGCUCCAAAUCCAUUCAAUGAAACGCUCAAGAGUAGUUUGAUGUACACCGGUGGCAUGGGAAGUUUAAUUGCCUUAGGAUGCGCCUCACCAAAUCCAGCAUUCACCACGAUGGUCACGACAUUCGGUUUGGCGGGAAUCGUCGGAUAUCACACCGUUUGGGGUGUGACACCGGCGUUACAUUCGCCAUUGAUGUCGGUGACGAAUGCAAUUUCUGGAAUCACUGCCGUUGGUGGCAUUCUUUUGAUGGGCGAUCAUUUGGUGCCGACAAAUUCAAUCGAAGCUUUGGCAGCUAGCGCUGCACUUAUCUCAUUUGUAAAUAUAUUUGGUGGCUUUUUGGUGACACAAAGAAUGCUCGAUAUGUUUAAAAGACCCGAUGACCCACCAGAAUACAAUAAACUAUAUGCCAUUCCUGCACUUGGUUUCUUGGGUGGUUAUGGUUAUGCGACGAUGGCAAAUUUCCCGGAAAUCCAUCAAAUGGCCUAUUUAGCGGCAAGUUUGUGCUGCGUCGGAGCGCUCGGCGGUCUUUCGUCUCAAAAAACGUCUCGAUUGGGAAAUGCCCUCGGAAUUAUGGGUGUGAGUGGUGGAAUUGCAGCUACACUUGGAAUGAUGUCACCGACGGUUGACGGUUUGUUGCAAAUCGCUGGUGUUGCUGCGUUGGGCGGUGGAAUCGGAAGUCUGAUUGCAAAACGCAUUGAAAUAACUGAUCUACCUCAAUUGGUUGCUGGUUUUCACAGUUUGGUUGGUUUAGCAGCUGUUUUAACAUGUGUUGCCACAUAUAUGCAUGACUUCCCUUCAUUAGCUAGUGAUCCGGCUGCAAAUGUUCUUCGAACCGCACUUUUAUUUGGAACUUAUAUCGGUGGAGUGACAUUUAGUGGUUCUCUCGUUGCAUAUGGAAAAUUGCAAGGAUUAUUGAGCUCGGCUCCACUUUUACUUCCUGGAAGACACUACAUUAAUGCAGGUCUACUUGGUGCCAAUGCUCUGGCAAUGGCUGCUUUCUACGCAGAUCCAACAUUGAGCGGCGGUUUGGCUAUAUUAGGCGCAACAUCUCUCUUAUCAAGUGUAAUGGGUGUUACACUUACUUCAGCUAUCGGUGGAGCUGAUAUGCCGGUUGUUAUAACUGUUCUAAAUUCGUAUUCCGGUUGGGCACUAUGUGCUGAAGGUUUCAUGCUUAACAAUAAUCUCAUGACAAUUGUUGGCGCAUUGAUUGGAUCGUCUGGUGCGAUUUUGUCGUAUAUCAUGUGCAAAGCGAUGAAUCGAUCGUUGCCAAAUGUUAUUCUCGGCGGAUAUGGAACAUCGUCGACUGGAACUGGUGAAGCGAUGAAAAUCAUUGGAACCCAUACCGAAGUCGAUGUGCCGAAUUGCAUUGAUUUAAUUAAGGCUGCCAAGAAUAUUAUCAUUACACCGGGCUAUGGUCUUUGUGUUGCAAAAGCACAAUAUCCAUUGGCUGAACUCGUUUCCAUUCUCAAGUCGAAAGGAAAGAAAGUUCGAUUCGCUAUUCAUCCGGUUGCUGGUCGAAUGCCCGGCCAAUUGAAUGUGUUGCUUGCUGAAGCUGGUGUGCCGUAUGACGAUGUGUUGGAAAUGGAAGAAAUUAACGAUGAUUUCGAUGACACUGACCUGACAUUGGUCAUUGGGGCCAACGAUACGGUCAAUUCAGCCGCCGAAGAUGACCCGAACUCAAUCAUUGCUGGAAUGCCAGUGCUUAGAGUGUGGAAAUCAGAUCAGGUCGUCGUAAUCAAGCGAUCGUUGGGCGUUGGAUAUGCAGCCGUUGACAAUCCCAUCUUUUACAAGCCAAACACUUCGAUGUUACUCGGCGAUGCAAAGAAAGUGUGCGACGAUUUAUUGAAUAAAAUCAAAUCUGUUUACGCAUAACUGUAUUUGAACUUGCUCUUUUUUUGGACGAAUUUUUUUUGUAUCUUUUAAGCUCAGUCACUUUUCGAAAAUAAAAUAUUUCUCUACAAAAAA